CAUUCUUUUCCUAUGAGUUUUGUUAUAACAGUCAAGGGUUAGAAGUAAAAAAACGGAACGUUUUGGUGUAGACGGACAUUAACUAACGUUCACGCCAUUGACACGAUCCCACGAUGCUCUGUGUCAGCAGAGGAGGCUGCUACCUGGUGAAUUCUCACUGUGAUAUUCACGAGGACAACCAGUGGAGGAAGGAGAGCCUCCAAGUGUGUUGGCUGAGCCUGGUCAUUGAAACAAGACCCCAAUACAAGCUGAAACUGUCCGAGACAGAUAACGUCCGCAGAGAGAGUUAUAAGCUCCAACAGGUGGAGCACUUCAUGGUCGAGAGGAGCCCCAGUCAGACAGUGAGGCUGGGCAGUCUCAACGGAGCUAUGAAAGAGCACCGCCUACCUGUCCUGAACACCAGCAGGGACCCAGGCCAUGCCAGAGGGUGCACAGAGGAACAGCCAGCCACUCGAGAGCGGGUGAAAGGUGAGGUGAAGAAGCACAAAGUGACUGACACAACUCAGGACCUCAGAAAGCCAAUCAGAGUGAACUUCAGAGCCUCCAGCCUCAUGUCCUCUCCAAGAGAAAACUCUCAUCGAGCGCAGAGGAGGGAGUGAAACAAGGAGGUGCGGCUGAAGAAACGUCUGAAGCUGCAGCACAGAAAAUACAACAUAACAUGUGUUCUUGUCGUUCACAUGCCGGUAACUGUACGUGAACAUUUGUUUGAAAGUUGCAUGAAAUAUCUACACUGUAUUACAGUAUCAUCCAAACGAGAGCCUUAGAAAAAGAUGCCCAUGUUUUUGACUGUUAUGUUAGAAGUGUCACUUAUCUAAUUUGUCAUAAUUAAAACACACAAAAGUUGGAAAUAUGUUGUAUUGUGGAAAUAACACAUAAUGAAGUUAUACUUUUAAGACAACUGUUAUGCCCCAGGAAACUAUAUUUUUUGUAUCAUUGUCAGUGAUUUCCAUACAAAUCUCCAUGAAAAUGUGCGGAGGAAUUACUUUUUGAUAUUAAUAUCAAUACGAUUAUCACAUAAGAGACAAUACAAUAAAUAAAUGUACAUAGAUAAUCUUUGGUUGUGAUAGGACUAUAAGGAUGAGUAUUUAUGUGUCAGCUCUUUCUCUGUAUUCCUGUUGCAGUUUUUAAAUGCAGAAUUAAUUUCCCUGUCAUUCUUUAGAGAACAAAUGCCAAGACAGCACCCCCUUGUGGUAAAAUAACAAGUAAAUACAACAGUACUUUUGAGAGUAAAAAAAUGUACUGAAUAGUGCAACUGAAUGGUCAGUGGCAAAACAUCCAACACUCAUCAAGCUUGAUUUCAAUAAACAAUCAAUCACAGGCCUUCAGUGUUUUAUAUUUUAUUUUUGUUGUAGCAGUGUAAUGAGGUUCAUAUCCAAGCACUACUUAGUGCUCUGUUCCCUUAUUCAAAUUCACAUGCACCUGAACUAAUCCUGUCUCCCUGCCGAUAGACAUGAGACUCCCACAAAUCCAGACUGAAGACUAGAAACUGUCCCACAACCAUCCAUCGACAUAUAAAAAC